AGGUGAAUGUGGGAGGGUGUUUCUCUCUUAUGUAUACGAAGAGAUUAUCAAGGUAGGACGUUGAUGGCUAUGAGCAAUGUGGGAAAUGAAUCAUAUAAAAACGCCCGGACCUUAUGGCGUGAGUAAGAUGUGAUGUGAGUCAGACCGGAUCGAAGAUGCAAGAAGCUGCUAAGGCGUCGAAGCUUGUCACAGAAUGUUUCGAUAUGAGGUGCGAUUGCGAGACAAGUUCAGAAAAAGGUGGAAGGAGCUGGAGAAUGGGGGCUUCGAGGUUGAUGAUAUAGUAGCGAGCACGAGUGGAGAGGAGGAAAUGGCAACAUAUAGCAUCUUCAGGCACACCACCUGGCGUACCCACGCCAUGAUCAGCAGAUACAUUGGCAACUGGGGCUGUUGUGCAUGCACCCUGCUGGCCUUUCCCGCUCUUGCGCUCUCGACCCUCACCUGCAUGCGCCAGAGGAAAGCCACUCCGAAACCUUCAGCGUGGGGGUUUCGGACGCGGACUUUUGGCAGGAUUCGUUGUUCGGAGCGAUGCCGCAUGCAAUUUCUUGUAGGCAUCAUCGCUUCGGCCGUGAUCGGCAAACGUUUCUUGCUUGCGUGAUGUCCGUUUCCCUCCGUACAUUUUCAUGUAUCCUUGUCUUGGCUCCUAUCGAGGGAUGGCGUGGGUGCGUGCUUGACAGAGUUUUUUAGCGUG